AUGGCGUUGAGACAGGCAGCUAUGCGUUGCUCAAAGCGCUCUGUGGCGCUUUCAUACAGCCAGAAUCGAGCUGCGGACGCGUCUUCAGCGUUCCGCUUGCGCGCCAAAGACAGCGACGCUCAUCCGUCUCCUCUCGCGUCUUGUCUCGCCACGCCGCCCACGCGCGCAUUCCUCGCUCCUGCGUCGUCCUCCACCUUCUCUUCGCUUGCCGGUGAGGUUGCUUCGUCUUCCCAGGCCGCGCACGCGUCAUGCGGGCACAAUCAUCAUCACCAUUUUCACGGGGAGCUGUCGUCUUCUUCCGCGUCUGCUGCGCCCGCGGCGGGCUCCAGUUCGGAGGUGGCGGGGACGUCUGCGCUGGAGCAGAUUCCGCUGCGAGAUCCCCUGGUGAACCCGACUUUCUCCGCGCAGAAGAUUCCGAAGGACUACGUAAAGAAGACGCUGAUUCCGCAUCUGGAGAAUCAGAUCACGACUGUGUCUAAGGCGCUGAACGAGCUCGAGCUCGCCAAUUUGGCGACGGCGUACGCGAAGCUUCCCAAGGGCCUGCGUCACCCGGAGCUCGUGCGCGAGUUGGUAGAGCGCGUCAAGUUCCGCAUGGAUGGUUUCGGCGCGCAGGAGAUCGUUUUGAUUCUCUAUCCGCUCUACUCCAUGGUGGGCGCGCGAGACGGGGAGUUGUGGCGCAUGUUUGCCGAGCGCGUCGAGAAGGAGUUUAUCCUGAAGGAGUUGUCUGUGCUGAAUCUCCUCUCGAUUCUGCGCGUCUACGAGAAGCUGGAGGCCUCCUUCGGCGACGAGUUCGAGGCAUUCAUCGCGACACUUCAGGAGCUCCUCAAAGCGGGCAUCCAGCACUACGACGCGAUCGAGCUCCACGACAUCCUGCUCACGAUCUCCUUCCACCACAGGCAGACUAAGCGCGACCUGCAGCUCCUGCGCCUCGUGCUCGCCGAGAUGGACGCGAAGAUCCAGAGUCUCUCCCUGCUGAACCAACUCGCGGUGCUCCAGGCCCUCAUCCGCAUGAAAGUUGAGCAUCGGGAACUCGCCAACCUCGUCGCCUCGCAGAUCCAAGACGAACGCCAAGUCCACAAUAUGCCGCCGAAAUUCGUCGCGCAAACCGUGUGGAUCUUCGCGCGACUCGGGCGACUCUCCGACGUCGCGUGCACUGUCGGCCCUCUCAUGGAGCAGCACGUCAACCGUUUCUCCGUCGUCGACUUUGCGCGACUGGCGCAAGCACUUCCGGCGGGCUCCUCCGUGCCGCUGCGCGUGUGCAAGAAUCUCCAAGGUCGGCUCGCGACGAUGACGACGAAGGAGUUUUGUUUCUUCGUGUGCGCCUGCGUGCGGCUGAACCUCUUACCCGACCAGGAGGGACGCAUCCCGUACUUCUCCGCCUCGCAGGAAGACACCGAAGAUCUUUUGUCUGGUUCCUCGGCGCUCAUCGCCUCGAUCGACUCGGCAGGCUUGCUGGACGAGCUCUUCUCCUUCAUGGCUGCGCGCGAGAGUGAGUUUUCCAGGGAAGAGAUCCGCCGCAUCAUCCUCGUGCUUCAGGGCUACGAAGAAGAUUACGGCUACCUGCUCGAGAGGCUACCCGAGGGCUGGACGGACGUCGGCGAAAGCCUGGACUCUAUGGAAGAUAAGCAGGAGGGAGAAGAGAAAACCGAGUGA